AUGUUCGCUGUUCCCGGCUGGUCAGUGUCUUCUGAGGCUCUCAAGCCCGAAAAGCCGGCGGCCGCAGCCGGUGGCGCUUCCGCGUCCAAGUCCAGGAAGCGGAAGAGGACGACAAAGGAGGAGCCGGUGACGGCUGCGAACGUCGCUGAUCUGUGGGAGACGGUCGUCGAGGGAAAGAAGAAGCCUAGCAAUGACAAACCUGCUGCCCAGGAGUCAAAACGCCAGAAGAAGGGAUCCGACGACAAGGCCGUAGGCAACGGCGAGAAGAAGACGGGCGAGGGCGAACCCAACAACAAAUCGAAAUCCGAGGGCGAGGAUGACAGCGCAGCAGUCGACUCCUCCAAGGCCAAGUCAAAGGCCAACAAAUCCAAAUUCAAUUCAGACGCAGUGACCAUAUCCGAGCCGGCGACAGUUCUCCCCCCGGCACCGCCCAAACUGACGCCUCUGCAAGCCUCGAUGCGAGAGAAGCUCAUCUCCGCGCGGUUCCGUCACCUGAACGAGACGCUCUACACGCGGCCCUCAGAGGAGGCCUUCAAGCUGUUCCAAGAAUCCCCCGAGAUGUUUGACGAGUACCACGAGGGCUUCCGGCGUCAAGUCAAGGUGUGGCCCGAGAACCCCGUCGACAGCUUCCUGCGCGACAUCCGCACGCGAGCAAAGAUAAGGACGCCCGGCAAGGGCCGGCCCAAUGCGCCGCAGCUUUCGCUCAGCGCCAGCUGUCUGCCCAGGACGGCCGGCGUCUGCACCAUUGCCGACUUGGGAUGCGGCGAUGCCCGACUGGCCGAGUCGCUCCAGGCGGACAAGACCAAGCUGCAUCUCGACAUCCGCAGCUUCGACCUCCAGAGCCCCAGCCCGCUCGUCACAAAGGCCGACAUUGCCGACAUCCCCAUGGCGGACGGCUCCGUCAACGUGGCCAUCUUCUGCCUGGCCCUCAUGGGCACCAACUGGCUCGACUUUGUCGACGAGGCCUACCGCCUGCUGCACUGGAAGGGCGAGCUCUGGGUCGCCGAGAUCAAGAGCCGCUUCGGCCCCGUCCGCAACAAGCACGCCCCCGUGACCCACAGCGUCGGCAACCGGCGCAAGCAGCAGCCCUCCAAGAAGGAGCUCCAGGCCAAGGAGGCCGAGGCCGCCGGCCGCUUCGACAAGGACCUCGCCGUCGAGGUGGACGGCCAGGACGACCAGCGCCGCGAGACGGACGUGUCGGCCUUUGUCGAGUCGCUGCGCAAGCGCGGCUUCGUGCUGCACGGCGACCGCAACGAGGCCGUCGACCUCUCCAACAGGAUGUUUGUCAAGAUGCGCUUCAUCAAGGGCGCUGCGCCUACAAAGGGGAAGAAUGUCCGGCCGGAUGAUGCUCAGCAGCCGAAGAAGAAGAAGAUGUUUGGCCGUCCCCAGGACGAAGAUGCGGAUGAGCUGGAUGACGAAACCGAAGGUGCCAUUCUCAAACCCUGUGUUUAUAAGAUUCGAUGA